AUGCACUGGUGCAUAAAAAACCCAGAAAAAGCAGAUCCCGCCCGUAGUAUCUGUCUAACAGAAGCAUGUGUAACUGUGGCCAGUAAGAUCGUGGAAGCUCUGGACCGCUCCACCGACCCAUGUCAGGAUUUUUACCAGUACGCCUGUGGAGGAUGGGUCCGCAAAAACCCCCUGCCAGAUGGUCGGUCCCGCUGGAGCACAUUUAACAGCAUCUGGGACCAGAACCAGGCUGUGCUCAAACACCUGCUGGAAAAUGGCACCUUUAACUCAAGCAGUGAAGCAGAGAGGAAGACGCAGUCCUACUACCUUUCCUGUCUUAAUGAACAGCGAAUAGACGAGCUUGGAGCCCAGCCACUCAUCGACUUGAUUGCAAAGAUAGGAGGCUGGAAUAUCACAGAGUCCUGGGACAAAGACAACUUUCUGGAUGUUUUAAAGAUAGUUUCUGGACCUUACAGAGCUCAGCCCUUCUUCACUGUCGGUGUCAGCGUCGAUCCCAAAAACUCCAACAGUAAUGUCAUUCAGGUUGACCAAUCAGGACUCUUCCUCCCAUCCCGAGAUUAUUACCUCAAUAAGACCAAUGAGAAGGUGUUGAAGGCUUACCUGGAUUACAUGGUCGAGUUGGGAUUGUUGUUGGGAGGAGACAAGAAUUCCACUCGAGUUCAGAUGCAGCAGAUUUUGGACUUCGAGACGGCGCUGGCUAACAUCACAGUGCCUCAGGACGAGCGGCGGGACGAGGAGAAGAUCUACCACAAGAUAACCAUAGCUGAUCUGCAGGUGUUGGCUCCGGCAGUUGAAUGGCUGGAUUAUCUGAACUUCGUCCUGUCACCGCUGGAGCUGAACGACACUGAGCCUGUGGUGGUCUACGCUAAAGAAUACCUGCAACAAGUUUCGGAUCUCAUCAACAAGACGGACCACAGUCUUUUGAAUAAUUACAUGAUCUGGAAUCUGGUUCAGAAAGGAGCGUCCAGUCUGGACCAGCGCUUUGAGAACGCUCAGGAUAAGCUGCUGGAGAGCCUCUACGGCACUAAGAAGUCCUGUACUCCACGCUGGCAGACGUGCAUUGGGAAUGCAGAUGACACUCUGGGUUUUGCAUUGGGUGCUCUUUUCGUCAAAGCCACUUUCGACAAACAGAGCAAAGAAAUAGCGGAGGGGAUGUUCUCUCGAUUUUAUGAGGUUACAGAAGACAACUUCUUCCAGAAUAUGAUCAACUUCUAUAACUUCUCAGCACGAGUGAUGGCAGACCAGCUGCGCAAGCCGCCCAACAGAGACCAAUGGAGUAUGACUCCACCCACGGUGAACGCAUACUACAUGCCCACCAAGAACGGGAUCGUCUUCCCCGCCGGCAUCUUACAGGCCCCCUUCUACGCCCAGGAUCACCCCAAAGCUUUAAACUUUGGUGGCAUUGGAGUGGUGAUGGGACAUGAGUUAACACAUGCCUUCGAUGACCAAGGCAGAGAGUAUGACAAAGAUGGAAACCUUCGGCCGUGGUGGCAGAACUCCUCGGUGGACGCGUUUAAGAACCGCACCGAGUGCAUGAUCGAUCAGUACACUCAGUACACCAUCAACGGAGAGCACAUCAACGGCAAACAGACGCUGGGAGAAAACAUCGCAGACAACGGCGGCCUGAAAGCUGCCUAUCAUGCGUAUCGCUCAUGGGUGCAGAAGAAUGGUGAAGAGAAGAGACUCCCAGCUGUCAAUCUGACAAACGACCAGCUCUUCUUCGUAGGUUUUGCACAGAGGGGCAGAGGAUUCUCAGAUUGGCGGUCAGAAAACACAGAGGUAAACUGGCUGUUUUGGGGUAAUGAUGAAAAGGAAGAAGAAUUUAGUGGAGGACAGCACCACGCUUAUCGCCCUCUCGGACCAUCCUGAACAAACCUACGGGA